CCUCUACUCCGAUCCUCGCACUUGUUUAGGUCGAGAGUGUCAAUGUUGGUGUUAUCAUGGCGACAAACGACGAUGAGCCGAUGCAUUUGUAUGAAGUGUUUCAAAAUUGUUUCAAUAAGAUAGCGAAUAAACAGCCAGAAAAAAGUCGAGAAAUGCCUUAUGGAAUGCCUUACUCCAGUCAAGGGGAAGAUGCACUACAAUCUGACGGCCUGGGCAACUUUCCCGGCGCAGAGCCAUUAGCAUCGAAUGAUCCAGCCUACUUCCAAUAUGGCAAUGCAGCUCAGCAACGGUUACUACCACCGGACACCAGCAGAGGUAUCACGAACAAAAGGAAAAGAGACGUCAUAGAGCCAGAAGAUUUGGACGUCCAUUGGCCUUACGGGUCAGAAGGCUUCGACCAAGGCUCGCCAAGGUAUAACUCUCCGAAGCCACAGAACCUUUAUGGGGAGCCUUAUUUUAUUGACGGGGGCCAUGGAGGAGCAGGAGACCCUUGGUCCGCAAACCAAAGCCUGCAGCCUCCUUCAUACUCUUACCUGGGGAACCAGACCUCACAUCUGCCCUCCACAUCAUCUGCCUUCUCCUCCAUGCACCUCCCUCCCGAAUCAAUGGCGUAUGGUGCUGUGUCUCCAGGCCAGGAGCCCACAGGCCUAAUGCCCACCACCCUGCCCCCCAUGUCGAGCUUCCGCGGGGCUGGUGCCUCCCCGCUCUAUUCCUCGCAACAGAACAAUGGCAGCAGCGGCAGUGGAAGCACGGUUGUUGCCGCUGCAGGCAGCACAAAUACCGGCACCGUGGCGCCCGCAUCGGUACGGACUCCCACGGCAGCCACCGGCGGCAGCGGCCCUGCUGUCGGCAGCACCAAUCAGGGCUCUUCCCCGGGGCCUACGGCAGCCGACGCCCUAUCAUCUCGGGCAACAGGUGCCGCGGCCUCGGCAAACUCCUCCACGCACCCUCCGCCAGCCUCGUCGCAGACGGGCGACACCCUGGGCAAAGCGAUGGCCUCGCAGUUAUAUUCAGCCGAUCACCCAGGGAGCAGUUUUUCAUCAACGUCUUCCACACCUGUCAGUUCACCUCCCCCACUCUGUGCAGUGUCGCAGUGGCCGAGGAACAAUGCACAGUCAAGCCAACCUCCGUCUGGUUUCCAGGAAGCUACAAUGCACCAGCUGCAGACGCAAGUGGUUCUAGAGGAGCGGCUGGACGAUGCACUGAGCAUCUUGCGGACUCACGCCGAGGGUGCCUCCCUGGGUCCCAACAUGGGGCCCGCACUGGGGCUCACGGCUGGUGCCCACUCCAACGGACUACUGGCUUCCUUAACAGCAGGACACCCCUUCUCGCCUGGCAUGCCCACCCUUGACGCACACGGAGCAAGCCCGCCCGCCCUCUCAGACAGUUCUAUGAGGAGCAGGACGUCUCUAACGACUCCCAACAGCCAGAACCCAGGUCAUUAUGUGGAGAGCAGCCCGGGCAUCAAGGUGGAGAAAUGCAAGGAGGCGGACAAACUGGAGCACACCAAGAUCAGCCCCCCGAACUCCCCGGGUCCCCUGGGCGCCAGCCUGACCACCCCGACUGCCACGUCUUCCUCUGGGGGAGGAAAGUCCAGCAAGAGGUCUCGGAGCCGCUGGCAAGUAGCUGCUGGAAACAAUAGCAACAGCGGCCACGGCGAUGCGUUUGCCGGCUCCGGAGACGAGGACGAGCCCCCAGAAGUUAAGGCAGAGCGAGAAAAGGAGAGGAGACAGGCGAACAAUGCGCGGGAAAGGAUACGUGUAAGGGACAUAAACGAGGCGUUCAAGGAGCUGGGCCGAAUGUGCAUGAUGCACCUGAAGACAGACAAGGCCCAGACAAAGCUGAACAUCUUACACCAGGCAGUCGAGGUCAUUACCAGCCUGGAGCAGCAAGUCAGGGAGCGCAACCUGAACCCCAAGACGGCGUGCCUCAAGCGGCGUGAGGAGGAAAAGAGCGACGAGGGGGCCAAGCUGGGGGCCCACGGCCUGGCUCACCCGGGUCAAGCGCUCGAUGCACUGGCACACCAGAGGCUGGGCUCGCUGCCUGUAAGUACCCUAUGGACCGACUACUCGCAACCCAUGGAUGGGGAGACAAGCAACUCAGAAAUGUGAAGUUCUCAGCGUUACACAGGGUUCUUCUGCCAGACCCAUUCGCCAACACAAGUUCUUCGUUAUCGAAGGAGGGACAUCUUCCAGCUUCCAGUAGGAUGAACGAGCAAAAAAAAAAAAAAAAGAGAGGGAGGGCGCAUAUUACUCCGCAGCAGCCGAAGAGGAAAGCAGCCACCGUUCUUCCCUCCCCGACCAGCACCACCUUUUCUCGUCGACACCCGUUGUGUCCUCCUCUUUUUUUUUUUCUUUUUUUAAUCGAUUUCGUUUUUAUUUUCCUGUUUACUCUUACACGAUGAGAUCCUCGUGCCCUCAUAGUUGAUCACGCCUGUGCCCACAAAAAAAAAAAAAAAAAAACACAGAGAAGCAGGUUUGGCUUAAUCGACGCCAGGACUCUUUUUGAGCUGCUUCGUGCUUUUUUUUUUUUUUUCUUUUUGGACGAGUGGGGGCGGAACUUUGCUGUUGCAACCUGUAUACAUACCAUAACGCAUCUCUCAUCGCAGAUCAAUGCAUUUCGGCGUUUCGCGGAGGAGGAAAAGCGGCAACGGUGGCGAGAUUUUAAAAAAAAACACGACGACAGAUUUUCGUUUAAUCUUCUCUCUCCGUCUUUUUCCGUAUGCACGUUGUCGUGGAAUGGCGGACAGUGCUCUAUUUAAAGCAAAACGAGCGGAGGAGCGUCCGACGGCUCCCAUCUACAUGGCUCAACAAAAACGCACCUUUGUAAUUGUUUACUUCUCGUGGGAAGCUCGUUGAGGAACCCUUCUGAUUAUCUUACGUGAAAGUUUCUGGCUUGUCCGUAUUUGUAUCACCUUUUUACGGAGUACAUUACAUCAAUAGGACGAGCGGUGGUGUUGCAAAGUUAGUGAAGACUGCGGUUGGGGAGGACACACGUACCAGCCUUGUGGUAUUGUGGAAGGGUAGUUUAAUCUCAUAUAUCAAGUCACAAGCAAUAUGAGAUGGAACACUGAAAUUACCUUUUAAGGGGGGACAUGGCACUUGAAUUUUUUUUUUCUUGAUCGAUUAUGAUAAAUCUUCAUAAGUUUUUGUAUAUUUAUGUGCUGAUUUCAAAUAUGCAAUUAUUUUUCUAGUAUAAUGUGUACAUCUUAAAAUACAAAAUACAGUCUACUCUCGUUACAACGGACCAUCAUAAUCCGGCAAAAUGAGUCCGUUUUAUCCGAAGUCCGUAAUAUCCAAACUUCGCGGGGGGGGGG